GGUUAUAAAGGGAGCAUUGACCCAUCUUUCCUUAACUUUGAGAGAAUUCGAACGGCUCUUAUCAUGGCCGCCACUUAACUGCUUCCGAGGUUAAGGUAAAGUGGAUAGUGAAAGGAGAUAGGAGGGACAAUUCGGAUGCACCCCAAGAUGGCGGACCGGGUGCAGCAUGUUUUCUGUUAGCUUCGUCUGCAUACUUUACCAUCCAACUCAAUUCUAUGUGAUCGUAUGAAUCUCUAAUACACCAUACUGACGCUCUAACCAUAAAGUGCUCCGGAAACUGCAGCAUGAAGACGAAGAAGAAGCUCUCUUCAGCCCGCAGUAGCUCGGAGAUUGAAGACCACGAUGAUGCUAAGAUGGAGGUCUCUACCGAGAGCUCCAAAAGAAAAGAGCCUUUGUCAGCAGCGAAGAACCCACCAGCAACUAAAAAGAAGGACACUGACUCAGAGGAAGAUGUCCAGCAGCUAUUGGUGAGUAAAGAAGUGCUUCCACCUGAGCAGCAGGAGUGGAGCCACAUUCUGGACCAGGAGGACACUAAGCCCCAACACAUUAAAGAAGAACAUGAGGAACUGUGGAUCAGUCAGGAGGAAGAACAGCUUCAAGGACUGGAGGAGGCUGAUACCACCAAGUUCCCCUUCACUCCUGUCUCUGUGAAGAGUGAAGAUGAAGAGAAACCUCAGUCCUCACAGCUUCAUCAGAGACAAACUGAACAGAUGGAAACAGGAGUUGAUGGAGAGGACUGUGGAGGAGCAGAACCAGAGAGAGACUCAGAUCCAGAGAGACCUUUACAACCAGAGAUUGAGGUCGAGACUGAAGAAUCUGAUGAACCUGAGACUGAUGACAGUGAUGAUUGGAGAGAGACAAGAGAAGAUCUGUCAGAAUUAAACUUGAAAAAUAAGAAACUAAAGACUGGUAAGAGACCACAUAGUUGCUUGGAUUGCGGUAAAAGAUUUAACCAAAAAGGGCAUCUGACCAUUCACAUGAUGAUUCACACUGGACAGAAACCCUUCAGUUGCUCUCAGUGCGGUAAAAGAUUUAACCAAAAAGGGCAUCUGACCACACACAUGAAGAUUCACACUGGAGAGAAACCAUUCAGUUGCUCUCAAUGUGGAAAACGAUUUAGAGAAAAGGGGGCUCUGAAGAUACACGAUAAAAUUCACACUGGGGAGAAACCCUUCAGCUGCUCUAUUUGCGGUAAAGCAUUUCAAGAAAAAGGAUACCUAACCCAACACAUGUUUGUUCACACAGAUGUCCAGCAGCUGUUGGUGAGUAAAGAAGAGCUUCCACCUGAGCAGCAGGAGUGGAGCCACAUUCUGGACCAGGAGGACACUAAGCCUCAACACAUUAAAGAAGAACAUGAGGAACUGUGGAUCAGUCAGGAGGAAGAACAGCUUCAAGGACUGGAGGAAGCUGAUACCACCAAGUUCCCCUUCACUCCUGUCUCUGUGAAGAGUGAAGAUGAUGAAGAGAAACCUCAGUCCUCACAGCUUCAUCAGAGACAAACUGAACAGAUGGAAACAGGAAUUGAUGGAGAGGACUGUGGAGGAGCAGAACCAGAGAGCGACUCAGAUCCAGAGAGACCUUUACAACCAGAGAUUGAGGUCAAGAUUGAAGACUCUGAUGAACCUGAGACUGAUGACAGUGAUGAUUGGCAAGAGACAAAAGAAGAUCUGUCAGAAUCAAACUUGAAAAAUAAGAAACUAAAGACUGGUAAGAGACCACAUAGGUGCUCGGAGUGUGGUGAAAGAUUUUACCACAAAGGGUCAAUGACCAAACACAUGUUGGUUCAUACAGGAGAGAAACCCUUCAGCUGCUGUUUGUGUGAUAAAAGAUUAAGUACUAAGGGAAGUCUGACCACUCAUAUGAUGGUUCACAGUGAAAAGAAACGCUACAGCUGCUCUCAGUGUGAGAAAAGAUUUACCCAUAAGGCUGGUCUGACAAAUCACAUGGCAAACCACAGAGGGGAGAAACCCUUCAGCUGCACUGAGUGUGGUAAAAGUUUUACCCAAAGAGGAACUCUGGCCACACACAUGUUAGGUCAUACAGGAGAGAAACCAUUCAGCUGCUCUCAAUGUGAGAAAACAUUUACUCAUAAGUCUAGUUUGACAUAUCACAUGGCAAAUCAUAGAGGGGAGAAACCCUUCAGCUGCCUUGAGUGCAGUAAAAGAUUUAACCGAAAGAAGGUUAUGACCAGACACAUGUUAGGUCAUACAGGAGAGAAACCCUUCAGCUGCUCUGAGUGUGGUAAAAGAUUUAAUCGAAAAGAUCUUGUGACCAAACACAUGUUAGUUCACACAGGAAAGAAACUCUUCAGCUGCGCUGAGUGUGGUAAAAGAUUUAAGCAAAAAUGGCAUCUGACCACACACAUGAUGAUUCACACUGGAGAGAAAUGCUAA